ACUAGAGCGGAUCAAAACUUGUCGUCAACACGCUUAAUAUCCCCGCUCGGAGAAGUGGGACAUACUCUCAUACUUUUGUGUUUUUCUUUCCCUUCCGGAGCCGAUUAUUCCUUUUUACAUCAUAGAUUUGUCUCCGAGAAAGAGAAAGAAAAAGAUGCCGCUUCUCCACAAAAAGCCUUUCGUGAGGCAGAAACCGCCCGCUGAUCUCAGACCCGAUGAAGAAGUCUUCCUCUGUAAAGUCACACACGAAAUCUUCAGGACUUAUGAUGAAUUCUUUGAGAGGACCAUUCUGUGUAACAGCCUGGUGUGGAGCUGUGCGGUGACGGGGAAGACUGGCCUGACCUAUCAAGAGGCUCUGGACAGCGAGAGGAAAGCCAGACUCAAUCUUCAGAACUUCCCCGAUGCCCUGGUCAUCCCCCUCCUGCACCUGACAGCACUUACGCACCGCUCACGCCUGCAUGAGAUAUGUGAUGAUGUGUACGCCUAUGUCAAAGACCGCUUCUUUCCCGGAGAGAUAGUGGAUGUUGUCAAUCGCUCUGGUACCAGCAGGCAAGCCUGCAAAAUAUUAGAAGUUACACCUCCCCAUUCCAAUGGCACAGUCAACGGCCAUGUCAAACAUCGCAUAGAGGGUGACUCAAUUGUGAUCAGCGACAGUGAUGAAGAGCCCACAGUCACUUCUCCCAAAACACCAUCUAGUGGCAAGAAGAAGAAACCCACCAGUCCAUCUUCAUUUAAAUACAGAGUUCAACCUGUCAGCCCAGAGGGUUGUGAACCAUUAGUUACAAAAGCCGCUCAGAUUAAUCGUAAGAAGAACAUUUUUAGUCGAGACAGAUUGAAGCUUCUUCUUAAACAGCACUGCGAACUAAUGAAUGGUACCGUCAGACUGAAGCCAUCUACUGUUGUAAAAUAUAAGUUAGCUGAACACGAAUUCUCCGACUUCUUCCCGGACGAGCCCCCAGUGUUUGCCUUCAGUCCACCAGGGAAAGGGAGAGGUCGCCGUCCAAAUGAUGCCUCUCCAACUGAGAUGAAUUUUGUCGAAGAGAAGUUAAAAUUGAUGCAGCAGAAAGAACAAAUGAUGGCCAUGGAAAAAUUCAAGAAAGAAAGAGAAGAUCUAAUUGAGGCCAAAAAGAAAGAAAAAGAGGACAAGGAAAAAAAGAGAGAGGAGAUGAAGAGGAUACUAGAAGAGGAGAAACAGAGGCGGAAAGAGGUGAAGGAACAAAUGAAGAUCGAGAAAGAGAGGGAACGAGAGAAGCUAAAGGAGGAAAAGAAAAAAUAUGCAGAACGACUGAAGUUAUGGAACAAACCUCGAGAGGACAUGGAAUGUGAAGACCUAAAGGAGCUGCCAAAACCACUUCCAGUAAAGACACGUCUCCCUCCAGAGCUCUUUGGAGAUGCUCUGAUGAUUCUAGAGUUUCUGCAUGCAUUUGGAGAUCUGUUUGAUCUAAAUGAUGAGUUCCCUGAUGGUGUAACUAUUGAGGUUCUGGAGGAGGCCGUAGUGGGCUGUGAUCCUGAGGGUCCUCUCUGUGAAUUGCUCUUCUUCUUUCUUUCGGCCAUAUUCCAAGCUCUGGCAGAGGAACAGGAGGAAGUGGCUAAAGACCAAGUGGCGGAAACGGACACAAAAGGUCAGAGUGGCAGAGAUCUGAGUGAAGCUUUGGAGGAUGAUGCUGACCCCACACAGUCUGCCAUCAGCGCUGUGGCAUCUCUUGCUGCUGCCUGGCCACAACUGCACCAAGGCUGUAGUCUGAAGCAGUUGGAUCUGGACAGCUGUACGCUCUCUGAGAUUCUGAGGCUGCACAUCCUGUCCUCGGGGGCAGACUGCAGCUCAACCAGUGCAAAGUUCCGCUACCAGAAACAGGGUGGGUUUGGCUCCACAGAUGACCCCUGUGUGGAGCUGCGUCUGUCAAACCAGUUCCUGCUCAAAAAGCUAUCCUGCACUGCUGUCUAUGACCUGCUGCCUGGAGAGAAACUGAAGAUCCUCCAUUCUCUGUGUGGGAAGCUGUUGACUUUGGUUUCCACACGAGACUUUAUAGAAGACAAUGCCGACGAGCAGAGAUCUGCCAAACAGGAACUGCGAGAACUUAAAGCUGAACAGCAUCGCAGAGAGCGAGAAGAAGCUGCUGAGAGGGUUCGAAAAAGAAAGGAGGAGAAGCUGAGGGAACAGGAGCAGAAAUUGAAAGAAAAACAUGAAAAACUUAAAGAGGAGGCCAAAAAUGGAGGCCAUGUGGCAGGAGAAGAGCUGGACACCAGCACAGAGAGUCUGGAAGGUCACGCUGAACAGCACACAGAGGAUGAGGAGGAGCAACCAGCAAAAUCUAAAAAAGUAAAGGAAACAAAUGGCAGCUCAAAUCAGAAACAAGUUGGUGAGGUUGAAACGAAAGACAGUCUGAGCCCAGAGGAGUUAAAGCAACAGCAGCUCAAAGAGAAAGAACUCCUGGAGCGCAUUCAGAGGGCUAUGGCCUGCACCUACAUCCUACCUCUCGGCCGAGACCGCCUCUAUCGCCGCUACUGGAUUUUCCCUUCUGCCGGGGCACUGUUUGUUGAAGAUGACUUCUUUGGCCUAACAGAGGACAUGCUAGAGCCCCGCCCUACUCCCGAAGCAAAAAUGGAAGAGCUUUUCUCAGCUGAGAGCGCAGUUAAGACGGAUGCCACCACCGAGGAGCUGGUGCUGGUGCAGAACACCUCACCCCCAGUAAACAGGGUCAAUCAGUGGUACUUCUACAGCAUGCCUGAGGAGGUGGAGCAGCUCAUAGAGGCUCUGAACCCUCGUGGACACAGAGAGAGCGCCCUCAAAGAGACUCUGCUGCAGGAGAAGCAGCGCAUCACUCAACUGAUGGAUUGCAACGCUGCUCAGCAUUACCAUCACUCAGAUGAAACCCUGUCAGAGACCAAAGUCACUGCUGUAAAGCCAAAAGUUGGCCCGUCUUACUCACAAAGCACUGUACCUGCUGAGCGCUUCAUGGAGAACCGUCUCAGAGAUCUACUACUGGAUAUUGAGGACCGCAUCUAUCAGGGAACUCUGGGAGCAAUUAAAGUGAUGGACAGAAACUCAUGGAGAUCUGCACUGGAAAAUGGGAACUAUGAACUGCUAAACCCGGAGUCCAAAGAAAAUGCGGUGAUCAAUGGAGAAGAGGAGCCGAUGGAGUUGGAUGAGAAUCACGUCAGAGUCAAAGACAGGCUGCAUGAAUUGAAGGCAGAGGGUCAGAGUGUCACGUCCACUAGUGUGAGCACACCACAGCCUGUCAGUAACAUUGUCCACUACUUGGCACAGGCCCUGGCACAGAUAGAGCAGGGCAUAGAGCGCAAGUUCCUGAAAGCUCCACUAGGUGAUGAGGACGCUAAGAAAGACCAAAAGGUCAAGAAAAAGGACAAAAAGAAAGAUGAUGACCAGUCCAGCGAGAAAGAUGAUGGCAGUGAAAGUGGGCGGCAGGUAAAGACUGUGCAAGAACGCUGGCGUGAGUCUCUGUUGGCCUGCUCCAGCCUGUCACAGGUUUUCCUGCAUCUCUCUACACUUGAACGCAGUGUUGUCUGGGCCAAAUCCAUCCUCAAUGCCCGCUGUAAGGUGUGCCGUAGGAAAGGAGACGCUGAGAAUAUGCUUCUAUGUGACGGCUGUGAGAGAGGCUAUCACAUCUUCUGUGUUCGGCCAAAACUGAAGGCUGUUCCUUCUGAAGACUGGUUCUGCCCUGAGUGCCACCCCAAACAGCGCUCUCAUAGAAUAAAUUCCCGUCAGCGCUCCUCCAUUGACUCAGAAGAAGAAAUGGAGGACGAGGAGUCAUCUGAACAAGAGGAGGAAGAAUCAGAAGAGGAAGAAGAAGAGUCAGAGGAAGAGUCAGAGGAGGAAGAAGUGUCCAAAAAGGAUGCCAUCAAACUUCCUCUCCAGAGCAAUAAAGGAGGUCGUGUGAACACCAAAUCAAAACAAGCUGAAUCGGGUCAUUCCACGCCUCGCUCGCAGCAGAGCACACCCAAACAGAGCCAGUCUGCUAAUAAAGGAGGCUCCAAAAACUCAGGGAAGAAAUCCAUCCCGGUGUCCAAUGGCAAACCCCCACCCCGGGCAGGAAGCCGCUCCAGUGCUCGUCUUAGUCUAGAGGUGCUCGCCGCUAAUGGCACAACAGCCAAAUCCAGCAACCAGUCCAGUCCUGCUGCUGGGAAUACAGACUCCAGGAAGAGACCCAUAACUGCAGAGGUCUCCCCAAAAACCAAGAUCAUCUUGGCUCCUACCACCACUUCUUCCAACCGUCGAAGCUCAGGAAGAAACCUAGGCGUCCAUGAGUUGUCAGCCUGUGAGCUACUCACUGUGGACCUGGUCAGACAUGAGGACAGCUGGCCCUUCAAGAAACUGGUGACCAGGACUCAGGUGCCCGAUUACUAUGACAUAAUCAAAAAACCCAUCGCCUUGAGCACAAUCAGGGAAAAGGUCAACAACUGUGAAUACAAAACUGUUGCUGAAUAUAUAGAGGAUGUGGAGCUCAUGUUUUCCAACUGUCUGGAGUACAACCCACGUACCACCAAUGAAGCAAAAGCCGGUCAGCGGCUCCAGGCCUUCUUCCAUUCUGAGCUUCGGAGACUCGGCCUGGCUGACCGCAUGACCCCCCCAGAGAAACGGCCACGGAUGUAAACAUAACCCUGUCUUCCACACAAACACACCAACUGGCAAAGACUGAAAGUCCGUUCAUAAUUCGCUGUCUAAUUAUGUAUUUCUGUGGAAUGUCCAUAAUCAUUCCAGGAUGGUUUGACUCAAUAAAAAUUCUAGCCAACCCUUGUACACAAGAAAAUGUAUUUGCUAAAGUGCAGUGUGCACACAAAAAGGCAUGCUGAAGGAUCUCAAGCGGCAUUUAUCUUCACAGCUAGUGACAGGAGUGUAAAUCGGCCUUUAAUCCUAUGGAGAAACUGCUGUGAAGAAAAGAAAUAUUUGCACUGUUUUCUGAAAAGUUUUUUGCGUUCACAUUAACUCAGGACAAAAUGCUUUGUGUAUUUUUGUCUGUAAUUUCAAAAUGCUGCAUUUUGUUUUUUUUGUACAUUAACUGCAUUUGUAGACUACUAUUUUGUAUAGCUUUUUACAGACUGAGUCUCUGUUGUGACUAUAAAUUAAGUCAAAGUAAAAAAUAGAAUUUCUGUUUUGUAGUUCAAUAGUUGCAAAGAUAAACUCAGAUAUUUCGGUGUGGUCCCUGUAGCUUUCAUAAACACUACGUAGGAACCAGACCAUCCCUUUUUUUUUUUGUUUUCCUUUUCAGUUUUUGGUUAUUUAUUUAGAUUUGGGUAUAAUUUGCUUGCUUUAUUUAUAAGAUUGUCAUAGUUUGUUUUUGUCGUAUAUUUUUUUUUCUCUGUCAGAAAGCUUGAUGAAUCAGUUUUCCCCUCGCGGUUUUCAAGAUUCAUAUUACCUGCAGUGUAAUUCUUUUUUCUGUAUGUAAAAUAAAUUUUGUUAAUAUUUGGCUUGA